AUAUGUUAUUGAUCACUGUUGAAUCAAUCUACAGGUUACAUGACGACAGUGGGAAAUUCCUCUUCUGAUGCUGAUGGCUUCAUUAAAGCUUGCGGCGGUUAUCUGACCCAGCCCGAAGGAGAGUUCUUCAGCCUGAACUACCCUGACAACUACCCCAACAACAUCAACUGCACAUGGAGGAUUAUGACCAUAGGCCAUGGAAUCACAACUAUCCACUUCAGGAAUAUUAGGUACAACUGUGGCUAUGACUUUGGCAGCUGCUCCUGCAACAGCUCCUGUCCAUACUAUGGAAACUGUUGCCAUGACUACUAUGCGAGUCACUAUUCAUGCCGAUACAACUGUGGCUAUGACUUUGGCAGCUGCUCCUGCAACAGCUCCUGCCGAUACUAUGGAAACUGCUGCCAUGACUACCAUGACUACUGCUACCAAACUACAGCGAUUACGUACCCACCGUGUGGAGGGUACCUGAAUGUUUCCGGAUCUUUCUCCAGUCCUUACUAUCCAAGCUAUUACCAUGACAACGCCUACUGUGUGUGGAGGCUGUCUGCUCCCUCUGGCCAGAGGGUUCUGCUUCUCUUCACAGAUCUGGAGCUGGAGGGAUGUUGUAACUGUGACUACAUUACCAUUUACGAUGGUCCCUCAACAAGCUACAGUCAGCUGGGUCGCCUCUGUGCCAACUCCACAGUGGGCGCCUUUCACUCCUCCUCCAAUUACAUGACUGUGCUCUUCAGGACUGACAGCUCAUUGGUUAGCCAAGGAUUCCACGCUGAGUUCAUUAGCUCUCUGUCAGCCAGUAAAGGCAAUGUUGAGUGUUCACGGAGCAGCAUGACCAUCACCAUCUCUCGGUCUUUCCUGAAUUCGGAAGGAUUCAGUGGAAAUGAUCUGUAUGUUAACGAUCCCAACUGUCGGCCAACUCAGAACAGCUACGAGGUCAUAUUCAGAUUCCCUCUCAAGCAAUGUGGAACCACUAGAAAGAUCCAAAAUGGCUGGGUGGUGUACACCAACGACGUCCGCACCUACCCAAACGACACGCAGGACAUCACCUACCUGCCCCAGUUCCACCUGUCGGUGGGCUGCCACAUGGAGAAGGACACCGUGUCCCAGAUCAUGUAUGUAGCCCACGACCGACUCAAGUUCAACGUCACCGGGAUGGGCCGCUUCAACACCACCAUGGCCUUCUACACCUCCAGUAAUUUCUACGACCAAGUUUACGCCGACCCUUACUAUGUGUCUCUGGGCGACUACAUGUAUGUUCAGGUGACGCUCGGGGAGCCAGACAGCAGCCUCGUGGUGUUCCUGGACACUUGUGUGGCAUCGCCAACCCCUGAUGACUACCAUCAUCAACGCUCUCAUUACCUGCUGGUCAACGGGUGCUCCACCGACAGCACGUACUACGCCUACACGAGCGGUUCUUACUACUACGCGCGGUUCCGUUUCCGGGCCUUCAUGUUCCUCCGCACGUACCCCUCCGUCUACCUGCAGUGCAAGGUGGUCAUCUGUGCCUCCAGUGACUACAGCUCCCGGUGCCGGCAGGGCUGCCGCAGCAGGCGCGUGGCCAGGCACCUGGACUCUCAGAUGGACACGGCCACCAUGGUGCUGGGGCCCAUCAGGCUCAGAGAGACCACUGAGCCCCUUGCCUCAUAUGCUGAACCAGUGCCUCUUGCUGAUGACUGAGCUGACAACAGGCCGCCAGGAACCUGCCCUUACUGCUACAAUGGGUGUUCGCCCAGUGCAUCAUCUAAAAAAAACAUAGAAAUGUUCCUAUAGGGGAAAAAAGAAUGGACUAACACACAAUCACUGAUUCAAGUAAUGGUAACACUUUCGAAUAGGGUUCUCAUGUAUAGGCAAUGAUACAUGCCUAGUUACAGUAUGUAUAAAUUACUUUUAUAACACGUGUUAGGGGCCUACUGGGUCCUUAUUACGAUUAUAUCAGUAAUAAAUUAGCUAAGUAUUGUAUGUAUUAAAAAAGACAUAAUUGAUAUUGUUUUAAAAGUAUAUACUGACAUUUCAGGCCAAGCCCAUCUUCAAUGUCGUACAUUAUGUAUUUAGCCAUUGUGUGUGCCUAAGUUCUUUCCCCUAGGUAGUUAUGAUGUGAACUUUCUCCAAUCACAUAUUUUGUGGAGCAAAACUUUGAUUAGACACAGAUCAGCUGAUGUCAUCAAUAAUCUUUCAUGUAUUUCAGCAAAACCAUUAAA